AUGGGUCGGGAUACACGCUCGCGCUCGUGGUCAACGGGUCGCAGGGAUCGCAGGGGCCGAAGGCGGCGGAGCCGGAGCGGGAGUCGAAGCCGAAAUCGGAGCGGGAGCCAUGGGCGGCGAAACCGGCGGCGCCGGGAUGACGAAGGGCGACGGAGGCGGCGAAGCCGGGAGCGCAGGUCAGAUUCAGAGGAAGACCAGUGGCAGCGGCGAGGGAGACGCUCACCGGCCCAGUCCUCCCCGUCGGACUCGGACAGUGAGCGGCAGUGGCAGCGCCGCCGGGCCCGCCGCCGGAGGACCCGCUCCUGCUCCUCCUCCUCCAGCUCUGCUUCCCCAGCCCGCUCCCGGAGCUCGGGGGACGUUGCGGCGGCCCUGAGCCAGCAGCAGGACCUGCAGGAGCGCCUGCGGCUGCGGGAGGAGCGGAAGCAGCAGGAGGAGCUGAUGAAGGCCUUCGAGACGCCUGAGGAGAAGCGGGCCCGGCGCCUGGCCAAGAAGGAGGCCAAGGAGAGGAAGAAGCGGGAGAAGAUGGGCUGGGGCGAGGAGUACAUGGGCUACACCAACACCGACAACCCCUUCGGCGACAACAACCUCCUGGGCACCUUCAUAUGGAACAAGGCCCUGGAGAAGAAGGGGAUCAGCCACCUGGAGGAGAAAGAGCUGAAGGAGCGGAACAAGAGGAUCCAGGAGGACAAUCGGCUGGAGCUGCAGAAGGUGAAGCAGCUCAGGCUGGAGCGGGAGCGGGAAAAGGCCAUGCGUGAGCAGGAGCUGGAGAUGCUGCAGCGGGAGAAGGAGGCGGAGCACUUCAAGACGUGGGAGGAACAGGAGGACAACUUCCAUCUCCAGCAGGCUAAACUUCGCUCCAAGAUUCGAAUCCGGGAUGGACGGGCCAAGCCCAUUGACCUGCUGGCCAAGUACAUCAGCGCCGAGGACGAUGACCUGGCUGUGGAGAUGCAUGAGCCUUACACCUUCCUCAAUGGCCUCACGGUGGCUGACAUGGAGGACCUGCUGGAGGAUAUCCAGGUGUACAUGGAACUUGAGCAGGGCAAGAACGUGGACUUCUGGCGGGACAUGACCAUCAUCACGGAGGAUGAGAUCUCUAAGCUCCGCAAGCUGGAGGCCUCUGGCAAGGGCCCAGGCGAGCGACGAGAGGGCGUUAACACCUCGGUCAGCUCCGAUGUGCAGCUGGUCUUCAAAGGGAAGACGUACAGCCAGCUGCAGGUCAUCUUCCAGGGUAUCGAGGGCAAGAUCCGGGCUGGCGGCCCCAACCUGGACAUGGGAUACUGGGAGAGCCUCCUGCAACAGCUGCGUGCCCACAUGGCACGUGCCAGGCUUCGCGAGCGGCACCAGGACGUGCUACGGCAGAAGCUCUACAAGCUGAAACAGGAGCAGGGCGUGGAGAGCGAGCCGCUGUUCCCCAUCCUCAAGCAGGAGCCCCCGUCUCCUGGCCACAGCCUGGAGCCCGAGGACCAGGCCCUGACCCCACCAGGGCCCUCCUUGGAGGGCGGCCCCGGGGAGCCGGAGGCAGAGGAGGCCACAGCGGCAGAGGCCGAAGCCGAGGGCGAGGCCGUGCUCAUGGAGGAGGACCUGAUCCAGCAGAGCCUGGACGACUAUGACGCCGGCAAAUACAGCCCCCGGCUGCUCACGGCGCACGAGCUGCCGCUGGACGCCCACGUGCUGGAGCCCGACGAGGACCUGCAGCGCCUGCAGCUGUCGCGGCAGCAGCUCCAGGUCACAGGCGACGCAAGCGAGAGCGCGGAGGACAUCUUCUUUCGGCGCGCCAGGGAGGGCAUGGGCCAGGACGAGGCGCAGUUCAGCGUGGAGAUGCCGCUGACGGGCAAGGCCUACCUGUGGGCCGACAAGUACCGGCCUCGCAAGCCGCGCUUCUUCAACCGCGUGCACACGGGCUUCGAGUGGAACAAGUACAACCAGACGCAUUACGACUUCGACAACCCGCCCCCCAAGAUCGUGCAGGGCUACAAGUUCAACAUCUUCUACCCCGACCUCAUCGACAAGCGCUCCACCCCCGAGUACUUCCUGGAGGCCUGCCCCGGCAACAAGGACUUCGCCACCCUGCGCUUCCACGCCGGGCCGCCCUACGAGGACAUCGCCUUCAAGAUCGUCAGCCGCGAGUGGGAGUACUCGCACCGCCACGGCUUCCGCUGCCAGUUCGCCAACGGCAUCUUCCAGCUCUGGUUCCACUUCAAGCGCUACCGGUACCGGCGGUGA